AUGGACAAAUGUCCGUCCAACUACGACCGUCACGAGGCCACCAACACCUGCUGGGCGGAAUGUCCGAUCGAGUUCCCAGUGAGAUGCGGCAUUGAGUGUGUUCGUCAAAACGACGACUGUGGUCGUGAAAUCUUCUACAAGGUCUCUUCACUUAUCAAUGUCGGUCUCAAUGGAAUCAUGGACAACUGGUUCGGCAAGUUUUCUCUUAUGGCCAAGAAGGUUCGAACCGCCGUGUAUUGUUCCUGUAUGAUCCUUGGUUUGAUCCGAGCCAUGCUCCGAUACAUCCGCAGUGUCAAGAGCGCAGACCCUCAAGCUUCUCAGGACAAAAUCCUAACUAUGUUGUACCAAUCAAACGCUGUGGUGGUGGAACUCCCCAUCACUGUCAAGUUCUGCACGGGUGAUAAGCCAACCAGAGCGUGGUGGGUGGCAGACCGAGUCAUGGCUUCGACCCAGUAUAUUUUGACGCAAGUUCUUUCGCACGAUGAUGAGCUGAUCACAAGCUGGAACCGGUUCAAAGCCUUCAUUAAAGGCGCAAACUUCACAGCUCCACCGGAGAUGAUCACUAAAGGGGAGAUCGGAUACCUCACGGACGCUCUGAAGUCCAAAUCGACUUGUGGCCACGACUUGCAAGGACUGGUCGAUCGUACUUGGGCUACGAUUGGGGAGCUUCGGGAACAGAAUCCUGGUAUUACUGAGGAUCAACUGCGACUUGCAAUUGAGGAUACUGAGCUUGUGAAGACAGACAUUGCCAUGGUAACAAGUAAUUGCAUGGAGCUGCUCGUUGAACAAUCCAACGAUGUUACUGCGUACAGGACUCGUGACAAGAUCCGAAAGACUUUCGGGGUGAUCAUCAACGACCUUAUUACGAAGGGGAAAAGCAACAACGGCACGUCGUACAAGGCCAACGAGUACACCUACAAGGCACUAAACCAAGGCCUCAACUUUUGGGUUGUGACGGGCUUCGAUAUGACUGGUAUUUCCAGUAUGAUCUCCGAUUAUUUCAUGGCUAUCUGCGGCCCCACACAGUUUAUCGGAGAGGUGGACGAUGGUACCCAUCCGCAUACACUUGGAUUGAAGACCGUCCAGAAAGCUUUCCAGAGCAGUACCAUGUCUUGGACGAAAAAGGGAGACGGUGAGGUGAUCAUCAACUUCAGCAGUUACGAUACGAAAAAUGUGACGGUAAACAUCAUGUCUGGGGGAGACAAGGUCGACGAAGUGGACGUCGCUGCAAGCGGAAAAGCCACGUGGAAAUCGACUGUGAAGAAGCUGGGCGGCAAGACGCUGUAUUUGGAUCGAUGGCGUCCAGGCUUCUUGGGUCUUCCGGGCACGGGAGGUGGUUCUUUGAUGUUGUGGCUACCCCACGCUGCCGAAGGUGGUCAUUUGGAUCUGAAUGUGAGGUUGAACGUGAGUUAG